AUGGCGGAAGCUCGAGCUUGGGAAAUUUAUGCAGAUCUCCGGCAAUGGCAUAAGCUCGGGGUAGGGAAACUCAUGCAGGAUGGAGGUUGUGGUGGCACUUCAAGCUUUGGUGGUAGUUCAGGCUUGGGAAGUGUUGGUUCCUCAUGCUUUGGCAGUGUAGGCUCUAUCUGCUUCGGAAAUGUUGGCACUUCAGGCUUCGGUGACAAUUCAGGUUUCGGAAGUGUUGGCACUUCAAUUUUAGGUGGUAGUUCAGGCUGGGGAAAUUUUGGUUCUUCAGGCUUAGGGAUUGUUGGCACUUCGGGCUUUGGAAAUGUUGGCACUUCAGGCUUUGGUGGUUGUUCUGGUUUUGGAAAUGUUGACACUUCUGGCUUGGGAAGUACUGGCUCUUCGGGCUUCGGAAUUUUUGGCACUUCAUGCUUUGGAAGUGUUGGCACUUCAGGCUUUGGUGGUAGUUCAGGUUUUGGAAGUGUUGGCGCUUCAGGCUUUGGUGGUAUUUCAGGUUUCGAAAGUGUUGGCACUUCGGGCUUGGGAGGUACUGUUGGUUCUUCUGGCUUAGGAAUUGUCGGUACUUCAGGUUUUGGAAGUGUUGGCCCUUCAGGCUUUGGUGGUAGUUCAUGUUUUGGAAGUUCUGGUACUUCAGGCUUUGGUGGUAGUUCAAGUUUGGGAAGUGUUGGUUCAUCUGGCUUUGGGAUUGUAGGCACUAUUGGCUUUGGAAAUGUUGGCACUUCAAGCUUUGGUGGUAGUUCAGGUUUCGGAAGUGUUGGCACUUCAGGCUUCGGUGGUAGUUGGGGCUUCGGAAGCGUUGAUACUUCAGGCUUCGGUGGUAGUUCAGGCUUGGGAAAUAUUGGUUCUUCAGGUUUUGGGAUUGUCGGCACUUCAGACUUUGGAAGUGUUGGCACUUCAGGCUUUGGUGAUAGUUCAGGUUUUGAAAGUGUUGGCUCUUCAGACUUCGGUGGUAAUUCAGGCUUGGGAAGUGUUGGCUCCUCGGGUUGUGGUGGUAAUUCGGGUUUUGGAAGUGUUGGCACUUCAGGCUUUGGUGAUAGUUCAGGUUUUGAAAGUGUUGGCUCUUCAGACUUCGGUGGUAAUUCAGGCUUGGGAAGUGUUGGCUCCUCGGGUUGUGGUGGUAAUUCGGGUUUUGGAAGUGUUGGCACUUCAGGCUUUGGUGGUAGUUCAGGUUUGGGAAAUAUUGGUUCUUCAGGUUUUGGGAUUGUCGGCACUUCGGGUUUUGGAAGCGUAGGCACUUCAGGCUUUGGCGGUAGUUCAGGUUUUGGAAGUGUUGGCACUUCAGGUUUGGGUGGUAAUUCAGGCUUGGGAAGUGUUGGCUCCUCGGGCUUUGGUGGUAAUUCGGGUUUUGGAAGUGUUGGCACUUCAGGCUUUGGUGGUAGUUCAGGCUUGGGAAAUAUUGGUUCUUCAGGUUUCGGGAUUGUCGGCACUUCGGGUUUUGGAAAUGUUGGCACUUCAGGCUUUGGUGGUAGUUCAGGCUUGGGAAAUAUUGGUUCUUCAGGUUUCGGGAUUGUCGGCACUUCGGGUUUUGGAAAUGUUGGCACUUCAGGCUUUGGUGGUAGUUCAGGUUUUGGAAGCGUAGGCACUUCAGGCUUGGGUGGUAAUUCAGGCUUGGGAAGUGUUGGCUCCUCAGGCUUUGGGACUUUUGGCACUUCAGGUGUUGGAAGUGUUGGUACUUCAGACUUUGGUGGUAAUUCAGGUUUUGGAAGUGUCGGCACUUCAGGUUUGGGAAGUGUUGGUUCCUCGGGUUUUGGGAUCGCCGGCUCGUAAGGCUUCGGUGUUGGCUCCUCAGGUUUUGGUGGUAAUUCAGGUAUUGGUAAUGUCGGUUUUGGAGGUGUUUCUGGUUCAU